GCGUGCGGCUCUCCGCGGAACCCCUCUCCUCCCGGGGGACCAUGGCAAAGCGGGUGGCCGUGGUGCUGGCCGGCUGCGGCGUGUUCGACGGCAGCGAGGUCCACGAGGCUUCGGCGGUGCUGGUGCAUCUCAGCCGGGAAGGGGCUCAGGCUGAGGUUUAUGCUCCCAACAUCCCCCAGAUGCACGUGGUGGACCACGUGAAGGGGCAGCCAACGCCGGAGCAGCGCAAUGUCCUGGUGGAAAGUGCCAGGAUAGCCAGAGGCAACAUCAAGGACCUGGCUACGCUGGAUGUCAAGGGGCUGGAUGCCCUCAUCAUUCCAGGUGGCUUUGGGGUGGCAAAAAACCUGAGCACUUGGGCCACCCAGGGCAAGAACUGCAGCAUCUCCAAAGAGGUGGAGGGUGUCCUGAGGGCGUUCCACGCCGCCCACAAACCCAUCGGGAUGUGCUGCAUCUCCCCAGUGCUGGCAGCCAAAAUCUUCCCGGGCUGUGAGGUGACCGUGGGAUACGACACGGAGUGUGAGCAGUGGCCUUACGCCAAGACUGCUGAGGCCAUGAAGGAGCUGGGCUGCAGGCACGUGAACAGCCAGGUCACCGAGGCGCACGUGGACGCCAGGAACCGGCUGGUGACCACCAGCGCCUUCAUGUGCAACGCCCCCAUCCACCACGUCCACGACGGCAUCGGGAAAAUGGUGCGGGAAGUGCUGAGGCUGGCCUGAGCUCCCACGGGCGUCCUGCGGGGAUGACGUCCUCCCCCUCUGACACGGCAGCAGGAGAAGGGACGCUCGGGGCUCUGCUCCCGGCCUCUGCUCAGGAGGGAUCAUCUCGGGUUCUGCCAAGGGCACGUCACUCACUGGCAGGAGAUGGGCUGGGAGCUGGCAUGGGAUCAUGGGAUGGGUUGGGUUGGGAGGAACGUUAAAGCUCAUCUUGUUCCAUCUCCUCCCAUGGGCAGGGACGCCUUCCACUAUCCCACUGCUCCAAGCUGGCCUAGAACAUUCCAGGCAUCCAGGGGCAGCCACAGCUUCUCUGGGCAGCCUGUGCCGGGGCCUCACCACCCUCAAAGGGAGGAAUUCCAUCCCAAUAUCCCACCCAUCCCUGCCCUCCCUCAGCCUGAGGCCAGGCAGGAGCCAGGCUCCCCCAGGGCUCCAGCUGCUCCCAACCCCUCCCUCAGAGCAGUGAACUGCGGCCAGAGGAAGGAACCCAGUUCUGCUACCAAAUAAAACCUGAUGCUUCUACUGAAUUCAGCACUCUGCU